GUAGUUGCAGCAACUCUGAUGUGUUCAAUAACUUCAAGUUCAACUUAAGAAUCCGAUUUUUUCCUUUUUUCAUUUUAUCACAUUUUGAACAUGAUAGAGAAUCUUUUUAAUGAUUUAGAAUCCCACAAUGUACAAACGCAAGAAAAUGCCAAGCGUGAGUUAGCUGAAUACUUCGCUUCCACGAAAGAAAGUUGGAUUGUGAAUGGCAUGAUCGAUUAUUAUUCACACACAAACUCCUACAGAAUUUUUGAAGUGCUUGUUAAAGUUCAGACACCACAUGAUGUGAAUAUCUUCAAUAAACUUCAGAAAUGUUUACAGGAGUCAAGUCAAAUGCAAAAACGAAACGCCCUCACACUUUUCGGUCAAAUCGUUAGAAAGCAACCAACGUGGCUUCACAAAGUUGUUAAUCAUGGGUUUCUAAAAGAUCUUUUAAAAUUAUUAAAGAACGAGAGAGAUGUUACAAUAUUCAUGUCGGGAUUACUUUGCAUCAUUUCACUUCUCCCAAUCAUCCCAGCACCCAUCAGUGCUUUCCUUCCAGAUCUCUUUGAGAUUUUCAAUCAUCUUGCUGCUUGGCUUUUUCAUCACGCUUCAGCCAUUAAAGAAAGUGAACUUAUCCAUCUUCAAUACGGAUUUUAUAUGCUCUUCAAUCGACUUUACGGCAUGUAUCCGUGCAAUUUCAUCGAUUUUCUUCGCAAUGAAUACGUGAACAAGCAGGAGAAAACUGCAAUUUUCAACCACACAAUUAAGCCUUUUCUCGAGACUGUGAAGAUUCAUCCCAAUCUCGUGAUGGCUACAAAGACUACAGAAACGAGUGUUUCACGCUUCAAAAAGAUGGAACCGCACGACGUUGUUGUUGAGUGUUCAAAGUAUUCAAUUGAGAAUGAUAAGCCUGCACCAAAGUCGAAUUUCUUUGAUUAUCCGAUUUAUCGAUCACCAAUGAAGCCGUUAGAGUACACACAUUUAAUGGUUGAUUUGCCACCGCCACUUCCAGCUCAUGCAACAUUAGCAAGCGCGAAAACAGUUGAAAGUAAGCUUGAGAGCCUUUGGAGUCCAUCUUAUGUUGUUCUGGCAACUCCACCACCUUCAACAACAGUUCCUAACACACCGACACCAACUCCCGUUCCUAUGCAACCAAAUUUCGCUAUUACAAUGCCAUCGACUGCAAGCCAUCAUCAAGGAGACGGAUCAUCGCCACCACAAUUAAUUGAAGCUGCUAUCGAAGCGACACCGGAAACGACACCUUUGAAACCGGAAAUGAAAAACAUUUUCCGACCUUAUGCGAGUAAUUCACAAGCUGUUCGUAAUAUUUGGCCAAAAUCAUCGUCACUUGUACAAACAUCAUCACCAACAUCACCGAUGAAGAAGGAUUCAAAUCAAUUUCAAUAUUCUACAGCAGUCGAUCUUCCUUCAACUUCUAAUCAAAAUUAUAAUUUAGAUUUUACUGGAAAUCAAAAACUUUUUAGAAUUCUCAGUGAUCGACAGCAACAUCCACCAAGCGAUGUCAUGUCAAUAUCACAAGAAGAUCAAGAAGUUAAUGAUAUCAAUAGUAGUAACAGUAAUCAUAACAUGGACAUUGGUGGUGACGGCAAUGGACAUCAGGAAAUGAUGGAUUUUGAUCCAACGCCAGAAUCGGAACGAGAGAAUGUCGAUGAUGAUGAUGACGACGAAGAUGCUGACACAACGCCGCCUUUAGGUAACCAAAGCAUCUAUCAAUGUGUUGAUUAUGUUCGUCGUGUUAAAAGACUUCGAAUGUACAGUCAUUGCAUGUACAGUGCUGGAACAUCGCCAGCUGAUAACACCAGUUACAUGCCACGCGCAAGUAGCAGUCAACGAAUGAAACGUUUCAAUUCAUGGCCUAAUUUAAAGACAUCUGAUGUUGUUAUUGACUGUACAAAGAGUAAAGAAUUAAAUGGAAGUCAACAACAUCAAGAAUCGUCAUCAUCACCAUCAGAUGAAGCAAUUUCGGCGGUUUCACAUUUUAAGAAGAACGAUCGAAAUGGAAAUUCAAAGCCGAAUGAAAGUCUUUACAAGAAGAUUCGAAAUGAUUUGAAAGCGAAGCCUUUGGAGAUUGUUUCGAAGGAAUCUAAAGGAACAUCAACAGUGGAAUGUUGGCCAGCAUUGACCGCUUAUGAUUGUUUAUUUUACGAUACAAUAUUUAAUGAUGAAGGUAGACCAUCGACUGAUGUUAUGACGACUGUCACGACAACAACAACAACGACCACUUCUGUUGCUGUCACAAAGUCAAGACAAGAUGCAGCUUAUUCAGAGUCAUCAACAAUGUCACCAGCAUUGUCACCAAAUGAGAUGCUUGAUCGUUACAUUCAAUUAUCGAUUAAAAGGAAAGAUUCAGGCGAUCCUCGUGAUCAAAUUGGACUUCUUGCUAUUCAACUUCAAUUUGAGAAGCAUCGUCGUGAAAUUCAUGCAGAGAGAAAUCGACGACUUUUAGGUAAAAGCCGACAAAUUCGUGGUCUUGAGCAGAGUAAUGCGACAAUGAUUGAUCAAGUAGCACGAUUAUCAACUGAGAUUACAAAACUCAACAGAAAAGCGACUGAGACACGUUCGAUGCAUCAGUUUGAGGUGAAGAAAUUUCAGGAAGAUAUUAAACUUUUAUCGAGAAAAUGUAACGAAGAAAAGGAGAAGAAUCGACAACUUCAAAUGGAGAAAGAGUCACUUGAACUUCGAUUGGAUGAUGAACAACUUUUGAAGCGUCAAUCUGAACAUAAAAAUAAUCUCCUGACAGCUGAAUUAUUUGAUGUGAAAAACUUAUUGGAAGCGGCGAAUAAAGAGGCUGAACGUGGUCGCAGUUGUCGGGAUCAGCUUGUAAAGCUCGAAGCAGAAAUGAUAAUUUUCAACGAUGCAAGAAUCAAAUGUCAGGAGAAAAUGGAAGAACUUCAUGCAUUGAAAGCUCGUGACGCUGAAAUGAAUAUUCUAGUCGAUACUUACUCACACGAAAUUCAAGAAUUACGACGAAUGCUUGAGUUGAAGUCAUCACAUGCUGAUGUGUUGCGUGCUCGUGUUGGUGAACUUGAGCAACAGGUGAUGAAGAAAGAUGGAUGUUAUGCUGAACAAAAGCGACUUAUGGCAUUAAUUAAGGAUACAAACAAUGAGAAAAUGCGGAUUUUGGAAGAUAAAUACUCGACUCAAAAGGCGAUUCUUGUUAGAAUGGAAGAACACAUCCUUGAGCUAACAAGGAACCAAGCGGCUGUCACUUCACCGGAAUCAGAGCGUACAGCUGAUCUUGUUGGAUACUCAUCACCAUUAUCGAUAUCGUUAGCUUCAAGCGACGGUUUAUCAGCAAGUUUAAGAUCUACAAAUGAAUUAAAGAGUUUGCAACCGUUAGUCGUUGGAAAUCCAGUUGCCAGUGGAUCUUCAGGUGUUUUUGAACAUCCUUCGACUGUUGUUUAUCCCAGCACAUCACAGCCGAUUCUUCAACGACAACAGUCAAUUCAUGACGAUGUUCCCAUCGCAGCAAUCUACCAGGAAACUCAAGUCAGUCUUCCCAACGUAAAAAGUGAUUAUGCGACAUCCGACAAUUUUCAUACGAUUUCAUUAAAUUUCUUUCAUUGCUUCAAUUUUACAAUUGCCAUUGUCAUAACUUAAAUUUCCUUCUUAAUCUCUGUUUUUUGUUUCCUUCACUUUAAAAUAUUAUUACAUUAAAUAAUCCCAGAACUAAUAACCAAAUAUGAUUUAGAAACAAUUUCAUCCUUUUGUUCUUUUCGAAAGCAUUUGUUACAUACAGAAAGAAAAAAUGAAUCAUUUUAAAACUUGGCAGAAGAGAGAUAAAUAUUUAAUCCAAAAUUCAAAUAUCUACAUUACAAAUGUUCACAAUUUUCAUAAUAAAAAUAAAUAUUGUUGAGUAAAAAUGGUUUUGCAAAUAUAUACCUAACUGAAUAUUUAUUUGAGAAGCUUGCGAUUUUAUAAAAUUAUUUAAUUUAUUGAUUCCAGGAAUUGUU